AUAAGAAGGUGUACAUAACAUCUUUGUCACAAAACCUUGGAGUAAAUUUGAGAGAAAAAUUUCACAGUUAUUCUCAUUGUAUUAAAAGAAAUUCAUGUUAAGCUCUUAUUGUGGGGUUACUUCUGUUAGUACAUGUACCAUCAUGAAAGGUGUAAUCACGUAUAUGCUGCAAGUGGACUUGAAUUUCAGCCUGAUUUGGUUCCCAUAUCCAUGCUGAUUCGGCACUGAAACAUGAUAGAUAUGUCUUGCUAUAUAAUCAUCCUUCUUUUUAGCUCUGUACUGUAUCCUGAUGGUAUAUCAAUUGCUAGUUACAUUAUAAAAUUCUUUCAAUAUUGUUUUCCACUUGAACUUCUUACACCAAAUGAUUUUCUGUAUGUCUGUGGGCAGGUAAUGUCUCCAGCAAAGAACUUUUGCAGUUUCAUCUAAUAGAACUGUAGCAGUGAUGUCAAAAGAAAAGCUUCAUGACUAGAAAAUAAGUUAACUUGUGUUUAUUUCUUUCAAAUUUGUUUUGAGAUUGUCACAUAAGGAACUGCGUGGAUUUGUGUGCAGAAGGCAGUGCACAUUAAUAACCCAUGAAGCAGAGAAAUGUUUGGUGGCUGCAAAAUAGAGAAAAGGGAGAAGAUAACAUUUAUAUAUCUGGUUCCUUCUCCACUGCCAAAGAUGCAUCUUAGUAACCUGUGUGCCAAAUGCAUUUUCAUGAAAUGACCAAGUGCCACUGCCACCCUCACUGUAUAUCUCUGCUUGCAGGAUUCUUCACUCUAGAGCUAAAGCCUUUAAUCUUUUUAUCCUCCAGAUUCUCCUCUAUGACAGCUUGCAGUGAGCAAGGUGUGAAAAACCACGGAUUCAAGGAAUUUUUCAACAUAUAUUCUCCUCUACAGGCUUUUGCUAUAAAUAUAGGCCAACUGGGGAUGUGCACUUCACAGUUCCAAACCUUCAUAGCUUACAAGGAGUACCAGAGCUUAGAAGCAUCAGUAUUCAGCACAUAGUGCAACUAUUGCAGAACACACAAUGAGCUAUUAUGGCAGCAGCUCUUCUGGUGGACGAAGCGGUAGGAGAGUCGACUACGGGAGGACAUAUGUGGUGAGGCCAAAGGGAAGGCACCUAGCCACCAUUGUGUGGCUCCAUGGCCUAGGUGACAAUGGAGCAAGCUGGUCCCAGCUCCUGGAUUCUCUUCCUCUGCCAAAUAUCAAGUGGAUAUGUCCCACAGCAGCAACCCGUCCUGUCGCUGCUUUUGGUGGAUUCCCUUGCACUGCAUGGUUUGAUGUUGAGGACACAUCAAUAGAUGGCAGAGAUGACAUUGAGGGACUGGAUGCUUCAGCUGCACACAUUGCAAACCUGCUGUCAUCUGAGCCAUCUGAUGUGAAGCUUGGGAUCGGUGGUUUCAGCAUGGGCGCUACCGUUGCCCUCCACUCCGUAGCAUGCUAUGCUCAUGGCAAAUUCACAAGCGGCAUACCCUAUCCAAUCACACUCAAUGCAGUCAUCAGUUUGAGUGGCUGGCUCCCUUGCUCAAGGACCCUGAGGAGCAAGAUGGAGAGCUCACAAAUUGCUACUAGAAGAGCUGCUUCCCUGCCCAUCCUACUUUGUCAUGGAAGAGCGGAUGAGGUUGUGACCUACAGGAAUGGCGAAAGGUCAGCUGAGAUUCUGAGGUCCUCAGGAUUCGCAUAUCUGAGUUUCAAACCCUACAAUGGGUUGGGCCACUAUACCAUCCCUGAAGAAAUGGACGAUCUCCGGAAGUGGCUCAGCUCAAUACUUGGCCUCAACCGAUCUCGCUAAAAGAAGAGUAUUUGCGUAUGCGCAAUGGCUUUGGUAAUAGCACAUAUUUGAGAGAGAGUGACAAAACAGAGGGAGGUUCGGUUUGAUAGCUCGUAAUACUUCAUACUCUCUUACCUUCCAUGUGGCUUUUGUUGUCAUAGUCCUAAUUUAGUGGUAUGCAUUGCCGUAUGACCUAAUGACCGGCAAGGAGUGACUAUAUGUAAUCCAGUGCUUGUCUGAUCUUGAUGAUAAUAAAAAGGGAAUGCCGUUGAGGCCUCGGAUCCAUAGAA